AUGGCUCCGGUCGCUCGUGGCGCUGUGCUUCUGCUCGUGGCCCUGUCUCUGGCCACGUCCGCCUCUGCCGUCAUCAAUCCCUUCUGGGGUGGAGCCCAGCCCCUUGAGCCGGUGGCGAAGGCGCUGAUCGCGCAGUGGAACGCGGCGGCCAAGACAAAGCCCGCGCUGCUGGUGGGUCCCUACGACCCCUCGGGCUCUAGCAACGGCAUCAAGGGUUUCUACAACGGCACCUACCUCAUUGGCGCCGCCUCCGAGCCCAUCACCGCCACCGUGGAAGGUCAGAAUCCUGGUGUUUCGAAGAUCACGCUUCCCGUCGCCGUGGCCGCGUAUAACUUCUUCGUGCACGGACCCAGCAUUGUUCUCACCGCUGCCGACAGUUACAACAUCUACAGCGGCAGCGUCACCGAUUGGGGCAGCAUUCCCGCCGCCAAGGGCAAGAUUACCGGCGCCAUUUCCCGCUAUGCGCGCUCCGACAAGGUCGGCACGACGGCUAUCAUCCAGCAGCUGUGGGUCAAGGCGGGCACGGGCUACAGCGGCAAGACUGACGGCUCGCCGCUGACUUUCAGCGGUCUCCUGACGGUGGCGUCGAACGCGGCGAUGUGCAACGCGGUGGUGGCGAAGGCGGGCUCGAUCGGGUACGCGCACGUGAGCGCGUGCGCGGUGCAGGUGAAGAAAUUUAAGAACAAGAUCUCGGAAGCCCUGCUUAAGAACGCGCUCGGGCAGGCGCUCAGCUCCAAGACCUGGGUCGCGACGAACGCGCUCACCGGCGCUCCUCCCGCGCCCGACGCCUCGUGGGAUCAGGUGGAUUUGAUCUGGAAGUCGAUCGCCAAGGCGCCUGCUGCUGUGUCCAUGCAGUAUGUGUUUGUCAAGAAGACUCUGCCCAAGAAUGGCGGCGCCGUCGCGAAGCAGUUCCUCGUGAGCUCGCUCGCCAAGUUCAAGGGCCAGGCUGUCGCGAAUGGGUUCAACUUCGUGCCGCCCGCUUGGUUCAACCCGUCCGCUAACGCCGUCAAGACCGUCGCCGUGUCCACCUCUUAG